AUGUUCGUCGCUACGCGCAGACCUUCCCCGACGCCAUCUUCGCCAGCUGUUUCACGUCGAUCAUCCUGGGUCGACCUUCCCGUGGCAAGUGCACCUUCGUCACGUCGGGGCUCGCGUGUCGAUCUUUCCAUUCAGACGUCGCUUGCCAACACCUCUGUUGGGUCUGAUUCGCACGCAGGCGGCUCUCACACCAAGCUCGCCAUCAACCAGCUCCUCACCAACCUCUCGCACGUCUCGCAAGAACAAGCAAGAAUGUCAUCACCAAGAAGUUCGCAUUCACCCGCUCUCAACGAUUCGCCGGCUCUCAAGCGUAAGUUUGAAGCAGACUCCGACUCCUCGACUGCGUACAAAGUCGCUUCGGCCCACGAAAUCCAUCUACCGACGGACCCUGUGCGUCGAGCCAGCAUCAUCAACCUUGCAACAGCUGCCGCAGCUGCUGUUCUGCAGAGCCAGGCGGGGCAGCGCCGCAUGUCGAAUUUCUCCGAUCCAGAGCAGAAGCGUCAGCGUGUCGAGCAACUCGGCUCGCUCAUCGAACAGGCACGCAAAGCCAGUGUCACCAGCAUGAGCCACGACAUGUCGCGUCAUGUCGAGGCGGCACAGCAGAACGUUGCCAUUGCUACAGUCUUGGCCAACCAUCUUGGCCUCACACCUCAAUCAUCUGCCGCUUCGACUCCAUCUGCUGGUACACCUGCUCCUGCUUCACCCACCAAGCCGUACGCCCCAUCGACAUUGGCGAUACCUCAGACACCCACGACGCCAAGGAGCCCGCUCUCUGCUGCACCGCUCACAGCUUCUCAGAUCUCUGACCAUCAAUCCGCCACACAGGCUGUCGCAGGCCCGUCAGCGAGAGCAACAAAUGAUCAAGCGGAAUUCUCUCGUCCAAAGCCUCUGGUGGCAUCGCCACCUCGCACGCCUUCCAUUACUCUCAACUACAGCACCGAUUCAGUCGAGCCAAGCAGUUCCAGCAAAUUGAUCUCUGAGCCGCUGCGCGCGUCUCCGCCUACGAGCCAGGCGCUGUUCAACGAGGCUAAAGAGGCUGCCCAGACCUACAGCCGUUUCUACCGUUUCGAGAAAGAAUGGGCUCAAAAAGCGCUCGAAUUGGAACGUCGACGAAGCUCUAUACGCAUCGAUCCACUGUUCAACCCAAAUCCGAGUCUGAGCCCGCUUCCGGCGGACCCGAACUCGAACUCGAACUUGAACUCAAGCCCGACGCACAACAGGGAAGGCACAGCGCCAAUAUCGCCGCAACAGCAUUCGGCGCCCGAGUCGCGGAUCAUGUCGAGAAGACACUCGCCCUUCUGUGAUUCUCCGGUAGCGCCAUCGGCGAGAAUGUCGAAUAGCGGAUCGAGCGGAUCGUUUUCGUCGACACAUCGCGCUUCCUCGAGCGGUCUCGCCAAUGUGCUUUCCAACUUUGCCGAGUUGAUCGAGCACCGUCAGCGGUCAUGUUCCGGAUUGGAGGCUCUUGCCAAGCAAGCCAAGGAGUUGCCGGUCAAGCGAUUGAGCCAACCUAAUCCUCAAUUUCGCACAACAUUCGGCGACUUUUCCUGGGCCAAGGCGCCGCCAAGUGGUACGGACGCUGUCAACCCAUCGGCACCACCGUUGCGUGCCACGCCACAUGCCAGUCGUGACGCCAACACUGACGCCGACCGCUCUUCAGUAGACAAGCACGACACUGCCUCGGCAUCAACAUCAACAGUCGGGGUAAGAUCUACACACACGCUCCCCAACGCACAGUCAACUAGACGCGUGUCUGCCACGGCGCCAGACUCGGAUGCCGACGCCGACGCCAAUACCACUGCCACUGCACGCUCGACAAUGAGCAUCGCUAGCAUGCUCUGA